ACAGCUAUCAUAAUCCAUCGCCAAUCAACCAUCCACAACUCCCACAACAAUGUCCGAUCAAACCCCUCCCUCAGCAACCCCGCCCCCCGUGCCAUCAGACGCCCCCAAAAUACCCUCUUCAAGCUCAACCGACGACCUACCGGUGGCCCUAUCCGCCUCACUGGUCCUAACCUCCCUCCCGCGCGACGGCAAGAUCGCGCUGGACAAAGCCCUGCACCCACGCCCCACGAAGGUCAACAUCCGCUUCAAGCCCAUCGGCUCGGCCCCUGCUCUCGACAAGGCCGUGUACAAGAUCAAGACCAGCCAGCGGUUCGAGAACGUGGUCAAGUUCCUCCGCGACAGCUUAGGGCUGAAGAACUCGGAGGGUAUUUUUCUGUACGUCAAUUCAACGUUCGCGCCAGGGGGGGAUGAGAAUGUGGGGAAUCUGUGGAAUGUGAGUUUUUUUUAGUUUUGCUUUCCCCAUUUUGAUCGGGGAUGGGAUGGGAUGGGGCUGAUGUGAGUGCCUGUAGUGUUUUCGGGUGGACGACCAAUUGAUCGUUUCGUAUGCUAUGAAUGCAGCUUUUGGGUGAUUGGCAUGGGUAUUAUGGGUUGUGGGUGGGAUGGGGUUGGUUAGAUAAAGUUGUUGAACUCCGAUC